UGGCCGCGCCCAUUCUGUACGUUUAGAAAUAAGUUUCCUUUCUUUACAAAUGGAACAUGGAAGGUAGUAUUGGAUCGAGAGCCUAGGAGAACGACAAGCAAUGGAGGGAAAGAGUUAUCAUUAUUUAGUCCUGUUCACAGGACUGUUUCUUUGCCUGUUACACAGUGGCGGGGCAUCAUCGAGCUGCGAUAACAUCAAUCCGAUUGAUUUUGCGGAAAUCACGUAUGAUGAACCGGAGGGGUUAGCAUCCCACCCUGACGGGACGGUUGCGAAUAUUGGGUGUGGUGUCUUUUAUCAGAUCGUGCCCACGGAUUUUGAGAGAACAACAUGCACCAAUGGAUCGUGGACAGAACCGUUGCCCCGAUGCAGACAUAUUCCGAGAUACUGUCAACGUCAUGUAGCCCUGGUCGAGAGCUACGGACGGGAUUGUCAGACCCCAUGCAGGCAGCGUCCUAAUGGGGGUUGUCCUCCAAACAAGCGAUGUCACUGCGAUGGGGUUUGUGGAUGGAGUUGUAUUUCAAUUUACGAGGACAAUUUCUGCCCAGAAGUGGCUCACCAAGCAGGUCUUUUGGUGACCUACGACACCCCUGAACGGCGAUUCAAUGGCUACGCCAAUUUCUCUUGUGGUGAGGGUUACAUUUAUCAUUCUGGGAGCAGCAGGCUACGGUGUAUGAGCAACAGACAGUGGGGCGGAGGAAACGAAUUUUUGUGCAUCCCAAACGUCGUCUGCAGAGAUCCACCCAGCGCAGAACACGCCUCGCUGCAGCCAAGCGGGAAGCAAUAUUUCCUACCCGGUGACACCCGCUCAUAUACAUGCAAUCUCGGCUACAUAAUCCGUGGAAGUCGGGACAUUACUUGUGGCGACGACUAUGGGUGGUCGGAACCAGACUUCACCUGCAGGCCUCGCCCCUGCACCUACCCUGGUAGAAUAUCUAACGCUGAUCUCACGACUCAACUAUUCCAGUUUAAAGAACGGGCAAUAUACGUUUGUAGGGAGGGGUAUGAGAACCCGCCCUACACCCUGCCCUAUAGGACCUGUCAAGCGAAUGGCCAAUGGACUCAAAUCUUACCAAUUUGUGAACCUAUUCAGUGUCCAGCAAUCCUUGACAUUGCUAAUGGGAAUGUGGAUAGCCGUGGCAAUGAUUUUGAUAGUCAAAUCUAUUUUACGUGUAAUGACGGGUACCGCCUUGAUGGAACAGCGCGACGGGUUUGUCAAGGAGACAAAACUUGGAGUGGACAAGAGGCUGUUUGUACAGAAAUCAUCUGUGAAGACCUAGGAGUCCCGGUGAAUGGCUACAUGGCAAACGAAAAGCAGGUGUACCAUCUAGAUGACGUGGUCUACUAUCACUGCAAUAGGGGAAAGACAUUGGAUGGAAGUAUACUCAACUCUUGCACAGAGUCAGGAGAGUGGCGAUACCCGGUGCCCAUAUGUGGUGGACCUUGCAUUGUUCCUCCUUAUCCAAGAGAUGGUUGGUGGCAAAAUGCUAAUGAAUAUCCACUAGGAACAAGUGUACCCCACAAUACCAGACUGCAGUUGACAUGUAGUAGCUGGCGAUUCGAUAAGAGACGAAGCAGUGUGAAAUGUAAUGAUGGAGUGUGGUCUGAUAGUGAUGACGUACAUCGCCUUUGUCAAGGAACUCCAUGCGGAGUGAGGUGGUCCAUUGAUGUGGCGUUGAACAUUACAUAUGAUCCACCCAUCUCUGAUGAAGAUCGGUUCAACCACCGUAUUCAACAUGACACCAGAGUACAUUAUGACUGUGCAUGGGGCUAUCGCCUGCAAGGGGUGACUGAGUCAAGAUGCGAGCAAGGAAGAUAUAACAAUAAUAUCCCCAGAUGCGAGCUAGUCCCAUGCUCAGCGCCGGAAGAUGUAUCCCAUGGGAGAUUAACUUACACAAACCCUGAUGGAGUUCCUCAUGAAAACCCACUUCAUGGAGACACCCGGCUCCUUCAAUGCGGUUUUGGUUACAGAUCAAGAAGCUUCAAUAGCAGUCGAUGUGAUAAUGGAGUAUGGGUCGAAGGCAGUCAUGAUAUCCGCUGUUAUCCAAAGCCGUGCGACCCUAUCCCAGACACAAUGGGUCAUGUUAACUACACCAGAACAGCUAAAGCAAAUGGGAAAUACAUCCAUGGAACAGAGGUAACUGUCAACUGUAAUUCUGGAUACCUUCCUGCAUAUGGUAAUGGAACUGCAGUCUGCAAUGCGUCACAGUGGCUGACAGUUAUUCCUAUGUGCACACAAUCACGUAACAUAAUCCUAGACUCACAUACCAAUGUCUCUCAAACACCACCUAAGAGAAAUCAAGCUUUGAUAGGCAAUGCAUGGUUGGCCAGGGAUGGUAAUACCGACAGUGCUCCGCAGUAUUGCUCAAGAACAAAGGUGACUAUUAAUCCAUGGUGGAAGGCUGUCAUGAAGAAUAUCUAUGAUUUCACCCAUGUGAAAAUCUACAACCGUCUUGACAGGGAAGAACACAUAUUGGAUCUGGAGGGUGCAGAAAUAAGAGUGGGGUUGGAUGCAGAUUACGCUACAAACCUGUUGUGCGGAGAACCAAUCACCCGACGCCAAAUCGAGAGAAGUACUGAGGCAAACCAUGGGAUCCAAAUAAUAUGUGUUGGAGAGGGUGACACCGGUAUCAGGGGUAAUGUCAUCAGUGUGCACAUUCCAACAAUAAAUAACCAGAGACGAGAGCUCAGUCUGUGCGAAAUUGAGGUCUAUCAACAAGGACUUUCUAUAUCAGUGAAAGGUGCCAAGGACGGAGCACGGGUGGGAUGUGUCGUCCCUCAUGUGGAGAACGCUGUGGUCUCCAGCACUAAUGUUGCCAUACAGCAGGUUCUAUUGGAAGGUGAUGAGGUCAGAAUUUCAUGUCAUGCCCGUCACGUCCUCAGAGGCUCGGACACUAGCCAUAUUGAUCUUACCUGUCUCGGCAAUUCAUCCUGGGACCAAGAUAAACCUGUGUGUGAGCCAAAAACGUGCACUGUUGAUUCCCUAAAUAAUGGCAGUUUUCCACAUGGUAAACUCUUAUACAACCAUGGUGAAAACAUCACUUUCACUUGUAAUUCUGGCUAUCAGAAAGAAAAGGAUAGGUACUGGUGUGAUGCGGGAAUUGCAGUCCCACGCAAUCCAAGGUGUAUUCAAGCAUCUUGCCAUGCUCCAGACUUUCCGGAUCAUAUGGUAACUUCACAAUCAGAACCUCACUUUCCUCAUGGUACGUUGCUCGAUGUCUCAUGUGAAGACGGGUUUCAGCUUAGUACGAACCAAGAACAGCUAAGAUGCUUUAGAGGUGGCUGGAGCACACCCUUAACGGCAACAUGUCAGAGAGUACCAUGUGGACAUCCAGUGAGGGCCUCUGGUAGCACCAUAGAAAUACUAACAUGGAAACAAGGAUAUGUGCAUGGUACCAGGGUCAGGUAUAGCUGCAGUGAAGGCUGGGAAAUCGAAGGGAUUGCAGAGAGAGAGUGCGUCAAUGGACAAUGGACAGGUUCUACGCCAACAUGCAGAGUGGCAGCCCCUCCUCGAUGCAUGCUCCCAGAUAGAUCCAGCGGACAGCGUUACUCAAUAAGAGGUUUUAUAGGGAAUAUCUUUGAUGAGGGUUUGCCCAUUGGUGAGCGUGUAUCCAUUUCUGUUAGUUGUAAUCAAGGCUAUACAGCUCAGCCGGCAGUGCAGACAGAAUGUUUAGAAAGGGGAGUAUGGUCAGUCGCUGUACCGAUAUGUGUAAGGAUGGAAAGGUUGUGUACCAAGCCUGGAUACAUUUCUCACGUUGUCCAGUAUGUGAACGGACUAGAGACGAACAGACUUGAUUUUUACCCUCAUGAUGAGCUUCCUGAAGGGACGUUUCUAGUGUCUCGUUGCUCACUCCCUGGACAGUAUGUGUUGCGUGGUAGUGCAAAUAGAACCUGUUCUGAGAGCAGUUGGACAGGAGUGCAACCAAGCUGUGUUGAUGCAGACACCAGGAUCGUCUUUCAAAACAACCAGCCCCUUGACGUUAGGAGUAAUGGAACAAUCGUCAUUCAUCCACGCAGUCGGCUCUACCUUUCUUGUCGCGUGCCUUCCCAUAACACAGCAAGAUUUGUAUCAGAUAAUGGACCGUUUGCUGUUUAUCAGGACCUAUCAACAAUGGUAAUGGACCUAUACCCACCACGCACAAUACAUUCUGGGUGGUUCACUUGCCGGUCUAAUGACUAUACUCUUUCUCACACUGUCUAUGUUCAGUUUGCUGAGAUAUUUUGUGACCGUCCUACGACACCAACCAACGGUGCAUUCCAAGACCAUGACUACUACGGUUGGAAAAAUGGACGAUAUUACAUGGGCAAAGUGAUCACAUUUGCUUGUAACGAUGGCUACAUUCUUGAUGGGGAAAGGAGAAUUACCUGUGUGCUUGGGAAGUGGUCACAUCCUGCUCCAAGAUGCCAAAGGCACAGAGCAACAUGUGAAGAACUACAUCCCCCAACCCAUGGAACCAAGAUAGGAGGGAACAGAAUAGGUGACUCUGUGCUCAUAGGAUGCAACCAGGGAUAUCAGUUACAAGGAGAGCCUUUCUUGGAUUGUCAGGAAAGUGGAAACUGGUCCCAUCCUCUACCUGCUUGCAUUGAAAUCAUUGAGCCGGAGAGGCCCUGUGAUUCGGUCAGUUGCGGGGUGUGGCAGAAAUGCGAGACCGACUCAUCUGGGGUUGGUGUCUGUAGGUGUAUCAGUCCCAAUUCCUGCCCUGUAACGAAUGAGACAGAGGUUUGUGGGACAGACGGACGGAACUACACCAACUUUUGCCGGCUCAAGGCUCUCGCAUGUAUUCGGAACACUGGCGUAGAGGUAGCUUCCAGGACUUGGUUCUGCAUUAAUGGUGUGCCUGAGCAUGCGUUGCUAACACCAACGCCAUUCAUUGAAAUCGAAAAGCCAAGCCAGUUAUCCUCCUUUGAGAGCUCUUAUGAGGAAUCACCUCCAUCUAUCCCUGAACCAACUCUCCCGGCAACUGAAGGACCUGUACUAGAGCCAGACACACCUUCAUCCAGAUCUUAUUCAUUCUGUCAUCUCGAUGAAUGCCCUAGUAGCUCAGCGGCAGAAUUGAGCCAGGGCGCAACAGCAAUCGUCAUUGCUUACGCCGACAAUUGGGAUGCAGACCUUGGCAUCUUAAGGAUUCAAAUCUAUGAAGUGAUGGCGGGAGGGAUGCCAUCGUGGACAGAAGACUCUUACCAAGACGUUCUAAUUGAUGUGGGUGCUGCCUCAGAAAGGGGAUGUCUUUGCCCAUCCUUUCAAGCAACAGACCCUGUCAUCAUACGCUUCAGUCAACACUUGAGGCACGAUGAAAAAGGCCAGCUCCUACACACUGACAUUGUUCUCCCAUACUCUACAGAUUUGUACCAUGAAAUAAGACUGCUAUUAGAAGAGCCUGUUCGUGUUCAGACCCCAGCACCCCAGACACCUCGCCCACAAGAUGAAACGAGCGACAGCUUUAGCAGCCUUGGCAGCCAUGAUGGUCCAGAGGGACAAAAUUCAUGGUUUCAAUCUGAUUCAGACAUCAUUACUACCACGGCCCGCACCAACACAGAGAUCGUUGAUUCGCCGCGUUCAUCUGAAUCCUCUUUUGACACAUAAUCUUGUUCAAGAGUGGAUUGUACAGGUGGCUUAUACAGACUUUUUUUUGUUGUUAUUUUACAAUGCCAUCAAAUUGCUUUCUCUUCUUCCACUUCUUUUUGUCUUCCUCUUCUUCUUCCUUCCCUUCUUCACCUUUCUCCUACUUAUCAUUAUUAUAUUAUUUUCUCUACUCUUUAUUUUAAUUUUUCUUUCCUUCUCAAAUUCACUCUCCUUGUACGUCUCUAGAAUCUCAUAUUAUACUACUCCGUUCUCGCCUCCUAUAAUACCUUUUAAAUUCAGACCUACUAUAUUGUGUUAAUCAGUACGGGAGCCUAUUCACAUACAAGCUAUGCUUUUUAUUUAGGAUCCCCACAUUUUACAUCGUUUUAUCUACAUAUUUCAAAAUUUUGUACUUAUUUUCGGUACAUUAUACCUGAUUUGAAAUCUUUAAUUAAAAAAAAAAAAAUUCUUGUGUGAAAUCUACUCUUAUAUAAUAUACAACAGGGUAUUCAACAGGGUAUGAAACGAUGAAACGGUUGGCUCAAGACCGAGAAAUGUGGAGAGACACCUGAUAUAGAAUUUUGAAUGGGUCACUGAACCUGUCAUCAACUGACAGAUCACUAUUGAUGAUGAUAAUAUACACCUGUAUAAAAAAAUUAAAAAAAGUGUUUUUUAUGUAAAAUGUGGAAUAAAUAAAACUUUAAAAUUCAAAUGUGGGGAAGCCCCAGUGGUAUCACUUCAUAUUCAAAGGUGUCGCACAUGAAGGUAAUAGCGGAGUCGAUAACGACCCGCUAUUUGCAAACUUAAAAAACAUUUCCCACAAAAUGUUACACCCCAGUUACCAGGAAAACCAUUACAAAAUAAGUUUUAAGAAUAACCCAAUUAGGGGCAUUUCAAGUACCAAACAAGCACCCUAAAACAUUGUACAUACCGGUAUGCAUUCAUGUUGGCAAAUACAGUGAAAAGAUUACUCUUUUUCAUGAAAUUUCUUGCACUUAUAAACACACAUUUUUUUAGUUCCAAACACUAAACAAAAAAAGGACACGCCCAUUUAUUUAUUAAAAUCCAUUAAAUUCGCUGAAAAUUGUCAAAACACU